AUGGAUAAUUCUAAAUCCCAAGUAGACGACGUCACCGUCCUCAAAUCCACGGGUGAAGAAGUCGAAAAUGUCCCUACCAAACAACUCACCCUCCUGGAUACCUACCGCUCCUACACCCCCGAAUUCUCCAAAGAAACAGAAGCUCAACUCGUGCGAAAGAUUGAUCUUCGGCUCCUUCCACUAAUCGUCACCAUUUACCUCUUCAACUACCUCGAUCGCAAUUCCAUCACCCAAGCUCGUCUUUAUGGCCUUCAGGAAGACACUCAUGUCAAGGGUGCGACGUACCAGACGGCCAUUUCUAUCUUUUCUGCUGGUUACACCAUGAUGCAGCUUCCAUCCACAAUGAUUAUGACAAAGAUGCAGCCUCAUAUUUUCUUACCUGGUUGUAUUAUUCUCUGGGCUUGCGUCAGUGCCUGUACAUCUGCAACCUCUAGUCCAGCAGGUCUUCUCAUCGUUCGUUUCAUCCUCGGUGUCGUCGAAGCGCCAUUCUUCCCUGGAGCUAUAUACUACCUGAGCACAUGGUAUACCAAAAAGGAACUCGGUAUUCGAAUGGCGUUGCUGGUCUGUGGCAUUCUUCUGUCCAAUUGCUUUGCCGGUUUGAUCUCAGCUGGUAUCCUCUCAGGCAUGGCUGGCGUCGGACAUCUUGCCGCAUGGCGAUGGCUCUUUAUACUUGAAGGCCUUGCUACUAUCGUCAUUGGAGUAGUCGCGUUCUUCCUUCUUCCCGAUUACCCAGGCACUACGAGCUGGUUAACUGAGGAAGAAAGAGUCGUGGCGCAGGGUCGCCUGGCUGUUGAUGCUGGAAGUGAAGAGAUCCUUGGUGAAGAGGAGAUCACUAUGAAACAAGCCAUACUCUCAGCCGUUCGUGACUAUAGAGUAUGGUUGUUUGCCUGUCUUCAAAUGUCGACAACCGCAUCUAUUUCAUUCUCUCAUUUCUUCCCUACCCUGAUCAAGCAACUCGGCUUCAAAAACAACACCAUAGUGCUUCUUCUUACCGCACCACCGUACCUCUUCUCUUUCAUCUGGGCUCUCAGCUUCGCUUGGGAUGCCGAUCGACGACAGAAGCGAUCUCCCCACGCUGCUAUCUCUGGUCUCACAGCCAUCGCCGCUACCAUCGCACUAGUCGCCAUUACAGACCAGAAAUGGCCCCGCUACGCCUUGACCUUUCUCGUCAGCGCUGGAACAUUUGGUAUUUACUCCACGACAUAUCCUUGGCUGUCGUCGACGAUCGUUCAACCACGAGUCAAGCGUGCGGCUUCAAUUGGUAUCGCGAACACCUUGGCCAACAGCGCUUCACUCUUCGCAAACUACUUCUGGCUUGACCAGUAUGGCCCUGACUUUCGUGUAUCUUGGGCCUGUAUCUUGGCAUUUCAAGGGUUGGGAUUUGCGUGUAUCAUGGGGUUGAGGUAUUCUCUUAAGCGGGCAAACAAAGCUUUCGAUGAACUGAGUGUAACUGUGGACGAGACUAGUGAGGAGAGUGUGAACAGGCUGGAUAAGGAUUCUCAGAGAGCGGUUCUGAAUGGAUUCAGGUUCAUUACUUAG